AUGUCCAAAGGUACACACUGGCACUUGAGUAACGAAUUGCCACUUUACAAAUUCGUAGACAUACUUGGUGAAGUUAGUGCAAUAAGGAGCACAGUCAACGUACACAUGGGGUACAGCAUUGAUUUAACCGUGUGUGUGAGUAUGUUCGACUCUUUGGCUCUUGCAUUUCAUAACAAAUUUCUAAGUGGUCCUGAGCUAAGAAUUGUGUUUGCCACCAGCAUAAGUUCAAAGAUAGUUGGACGGCGGUUAUUCCUCAACUCAACAUCUGGAACUCAUAUCUACUUUGACUCUGAGAGAGAAGUAUGCAAAGAGAUGUUUGACAUACCAAGCAGCAACGUCUUCAAAGGUGAGAUAAUUGAGUUCCUCUGCACCGCCAAAGGGACUGAAAUUCAUGCAGAUAAAGAUUAUAACUCAUUUCUAUAUAUUCCUGAAACUAAUCCUGUACAAUGUCAUGUCUACAGGUCCCGUGUUGAAUUCUCUGUGUCUGACCAGACUGGUUCUACUGUUUUUGUGGCUUUUGAUGAGGGAAUGGCUAGAAUUACCAACAUUCAAGCUUCCGAAGUUUCGUAUAUUGUGGGAGCUGCGGAUGUCCCUCAAGCUGAUCUGCCUGGAGUGGAGACACAAAGAUCAGCUUUUGCACCUGGUGAGGUUUUGCAAUGUUGCAGCGCUGCCAUCUACUUCUGUUGA